GUCUCUGCCGCCGCUCCGCGUUCAGUGCCGAGGGCGAGGCUGACAGCCGGCGCAGUGCUAGCCAAGGUUCCGUCGCGACCGGUGCUCCGCGCGCUGCGACCUGCCUACGCGUAUAUCGAUAUCCGAUUUAUCGUGCUUCGCAGUCUCGAAUACUAACGUGUCUGUGAUAAUUCCGAUACUGUUCCGCCAAUCGCGGCCGGCUGUUGUACGUAAACGAUACACUAUCAGCAAGCCGUCGAUCUGUGCCGAAUCGAAAUUUUUCACGGCGGCCGAAUGUCCCGGUAAUAACGAAGUGCUUUUACACGGGAUUCUGUUGCUAUUAUUACAUUAUCCUUGUGUGAAAUAUUAGUGUGGAUACAAUUUAACGUACAAGAUGAAGUCCAAGGAGGAGUUGGAUACGAAGGUACAGACGGGUACUUUUAUUUUAUCCGAGAAGAUCGACGACACUAAGUCAAAGAAGAGCGAGAAGGAAAUGAAGAAGGAGAUGAAGAAACUCGAAAAGGAAAAGCAGGAAAGAGAGAAACGGGAGAAAAAGGCUAGAGAAAAGGAAAAGGAGCGUGAGAAGCAAGCGAAAAAAGGCCGGGUGGUGUGCGGCGCGUGCGCCGGCAAGUGCAGCGGCGAAGUGCUGCGCGUGUCAGACAAGUACUUCCACAUGGCGUGCUUCACGUGCCGUACCUGCUCCGCGUCGCUCGCUCGCGGCGGCUUCUUCUGCAAGGACGGGUACUACUACUGUCCACAGGACUACCAAAGGGCAUUCGGCACGAGGUGUGCGGCGUGCAACCAGUACGUAGAGGGCGAGGUGGUCUCCGCUCUCGGAAACACCUACCACCAGAAAUGUUUCACUUGCGCAAGAUGCCAACGCGCGUUCCCGUCUGGUGAGAAGGUGACGUACACGGGCAGCGAGGUGGUGUGCGCGGCGUGCACGAGUGCGCCGCAGAAGCAGACGGCGCGGGCGGCGCGAUCGCCGCUCGCGUCGCCGCGCGCACCUGCGGCGACCGCGCCCGGCGCCUCCCCCUCCUCGCCCGAGCCGCCCUCCUCGCCCAUUACGCCCGGCUCGCCCGGCUCCGGCCGCGAUCGGGACCAGCGGCAGCCGGACCCCAACGAGUGCGCGGGCUGCGGCCAGGAGCUGUCGGAGGGGCAGGCGCUGGUGGCGCUGGAGCGGCAGUGGCACACGUGGUGCUUCGCGUGCGGCGAGUGCGGCGCCGUGCUGCAGGGCGAGUACAUGGGCCGCGCGGGCGUGCCCUACUGCGAGCGCGACUACCAGCGCCUCUACGGCGUGCGCUGCGCCUACUGCCAGCGGUACAUCUCCGGGAAGGUGCUGCAGGCCGGCGACAACCACCACUUCCACCCCACGUGCGCGCGCUGCAGCAAGUGCGGCGACCCGUUCGGCGACGGCGAGGAGAUGUUCCUGCAGGGCGCCGCCAUCUGGCACCCGCGCUGCGGGCCCGCGCCGCACGCGCCGCUCGACCUCGAGCGCGCCUCCUCCGAGCUGCAGUUCUCGCUGCGCUCGCGCACCCCCAGCGUCAACGGCUCCUACUGCAGUCCCUACAGUAGCUUGACCAGGAAGUACGGCUACCGCGCCGUGUCGCCCGGGCUGGCGCUGCGCGAGUACCGCGACGACGCCUGCUCGCCGCACCGCAUCACCACGUACUCCUACCUGGCCGGCGAGCCCGCCACGCUGCGCCGCUGCGUGCAGCCCUACGACCGCCCGCCCGCCUCGCCGCACUUCCACCGCCCGCCCUCGUCGGCGAGCACGCGCGCGUCGUCCCGCGCCGGCAGCAAGGCGUCGUCGCGGCCCGGCAUGCGCGUGCUGGUGGACUCCAUCCGCUCCGAGACGCCGCGCCCCAAGUCGCCGCACAUGAACAACGAGGAGCCCAUCGAGCUGUCUCACUACCCGUCGGCGUACAAGCCUCCCCCCGGCACGAAGCCUAAGAUCGAGCGCGACGACUUCCCCGCGCCGCCCUACCCGUACACCGACCCGGAGCGUCGGCGGCGCUGGUCGGACACGUACAAGGGCGUGCCCGACAGCGACGACGAGGGCGAACGCGUCAACGGACUCAACGGGGACGUCGACCCGCAGCUGCGCAAGGAGGAGCAGGAGCUCGCCAAGAUAGAGAGCGGCAUCGCGCAGGUGUUCCUGAAGGAGGUCAAGGAGCGCGAGAAGCUCCAGCAGUGGAAGAGACAGAACCUCGACCCGCGAAACGCGAGCAGGACGCCGAGUGCGGCGCGCGAGGCGGGCGCGCGGCUGCGCUACUCGUCGCCGGUGGGCGCGUCGCCGUCGCGCUCGCUCGACCACCCGCGCCACCACGACCCCGCGCUGGCGCACCACCACGUGCCCUCCUACAACGUGGUGUCGUCGCUGCGCGCGGCGCCGCGGCCGGGCUACGGGCUGGCGGCGCGCUCGCACACCUUCUCGUCCAGCACCGCGGGCGACUUCACAUUUAGCGGCCUCGGUGACAAGACGCACAGCACCGACUUCAGCAGCGGCAAGUCAGACAUGCGGACGGAUCUCUGCAUCUCUGCCGGCUCCAUCACCGACGUGGACAGGAGUGCUGUGACGACGGACGGCGGCGUGGCGGUGCGCGGCGGCGUGGUGUCGGCAGCGGCCGGCGUGGGCGGGGGCCUGGGCGGGGGGCUGGGCGGGGGCCCCGGGGGCGGCGUGGGCGUGCGCGGGGGCGGCGUGGGCGUGCGCGGGGGCGGCGUGCGGCGCUCGCUGCCCAACAUGGCCACCUCGCAUCUGCUGCACGAGCCCGCCAAGCUCUAUCCCUACCACUUGCUCCUCAUCACCAAUUACCGCCUGCCACCCGACGUCGACCGUCUCAAUCUCGAGCGCCACCUGUCGGACGCGGAGUUCGAGGCGAUCCUGCAGAUCGGGCGCCAGGACUUCUACCGCCUGCCGCAGUGGCGCCGCAACGAGCUCAAGCGCCGCGCACGGCUGUUCUAAGCCCCGGCCUCGCCUCAUUCGUCCUCAUUGAUCCUGAUCCUCCUCCUCCUCCACCUCCUCCUCCUCCUCCCUCACCCUCCCUCGUCCUCGCCUCUGUCUAUCUCCUUCGCUCCCAUUCUUGUCCCCUCGUUUCACCGUGGAAAUUGUCGUAUAAGUUAUUUAUUCUUUUACGUCUGCGUCCGGUCGGGGAGGCUCGACCCGGAGUGGACGUAACUUCAACUGUUCGAUUUUAAGAAUAAUAAUAAUAAUAUAUUGAUAUUAUAAUUUUUUUCACAUAAUAAUUUAUAAGUAUGGUGUGUGAUUCACCGGUGUGUCCGUGGAUGCGAGAGUUCAUAGAACUUGGAUUUUAUACAUUUGAUGGCUCGGUCGGCCGCCCGGUCGGUCGUCGGGCCGCACGGGAGUGGCCGAGGUCCCGGCUUCGCUUCGCGGAUAAAUCCAGCGAUAUUUAGAUGCGUGUGCCGGUGUGUAGGCUUUUGUAAUUUUGUUUCCUUGUAAGAAAUUUAGGAUACUGAAUAAUGAAGUGUUAAUUAAUUUGUUUCCAUUUAACUAAACUAUAUUUUUCGACUGCGAUCGUUAUUAUUUUUCCAAAGCCGUCACAUCGGCCGGGACCUCGUCCGCGGUUACGUAGUAACGCCGCAGUAGAUACACGAUUACAUAGAUGUAACUGAUAAUAUAUCGAUGCCUUGUCGUAUGUAUGUGUAUAUGUAUAUGUAUAUGUAUAGAAGAGAUAUAUGGCCGAGUGCGAGCGUGACCUCCGUUUACUUUAGUGAGAACCAAAUAUAUCGAUUAUACUUAGGGGGAAGCAUAUUUCGCGUUAGGUUUAGGCGGGCUAUAGUAAAUAUAUCGCAGCGUAUGAGCGAGUGUACGGGCUGUUUCUGACGCGAGACGCGCUCGGUGCGGCGCCUCGGCGUGACGUCAGCGGCGUGACGUCAGCGGCGUGACGUCACCGGCGCCGGUUCCUAGCGGGCGAGUGUGCGUGCGUGUGUGCGUGCGUGUGUGCGUGCGUGUGUGUGUGCGAGUGCGGCCGUCAUACUUGUGACCACUUCGAUUGUUUUUAAUUUUAUUUUAGCCAGUUAUGAUCAAGGUCGCAGUGUGGCGGCUCGUGCCCGUCGGUUAUUGUUUUUAGAUAAGUGUAUUUAUGUGCUAUUUCAAAUUAAUAAAUGAUAGAGUUUAAAAAAUAUUAUUACCUAAUCGGAAUCGAUGUUCUAAGGAGUAAGUUUUUCAUGAUCGUAGCUUCGCGUUGGACCGGUCUUAUUCGUUCGUUGGCGUUUUAGCGUCUCUUUAGUGAACAUGUAUUUCGAGGAUUUUCGCUUUUAAUUUGUCGGUUAAAGAUAUAUUGCAUAUCGACUUUUGUUAUCUGUAAUGUAUGUACUCUGUACCGUAUGUAUCUCCUUAUAUCUCUUACUUUGUUCGACGACUUCGUGUGUAGUGAAGGGCGUCUCUAUGUUUAGACACAAGCGUCAUACAAAGUUCAGAGCAGCCCUCGUCUCGAUGUGCGAGCUAGCAAAAUUAUAUUAAAGAAUAUAUUUUUUAUGGUCUGCAUAACAUGUACAUGUUAGCAGUGACUUGCCUACGCCCUUCGAAUGCGGGUCGAGAAGAAAGUAUUGCCAAGUGUCGCAAUGGAAAUGAGAUUGUAAGUGCGGAAGAGCAACCGAUGCGACGUCGCGUCGGCCACGUUACUAUUGAGCGCCUAAUUUGUAUAAUAUUUUGCUGGACAAAAAUAAUAUAAACUGUUCGUGAAUUUCUAAGGUCUAACGAAUGUUCCAUUGGUGACUCUUCCUUACUACUCGGGUUUCGUUGAGAACUGUAAUUUAGAACUGGACGCCGAGCUGAAGCAAUUUUGUCAGUGAUUUAAAGCGAAAACUAUGCUUUCAAAUAAUAAAAAAUUGCAUUUCUGACUA